AAGUCGGUCACACUUGCUAGCACGUGUUUAGUAGCUAAAGGAACGGCUUGUUUUCGUGUUUUAAAAUAAGUAAAAUAAAAUGGUUAAAGUGAAACUGGAGCACACGGAUGCGGCGGAUGUUUCAAUUAAAGUCAGCGAUAAUGUCACCAUUAAAGAAGAGGAGACCUAUGAUGACAAAUUGUUGUUUAUUAACGCCAUAGCAAAACCAAUGGCAGGCAAGAAACUAGCCAAAAAAUGCUACAAAUUGAUCAAGAAGGCCAUGAAACAUAAAACCUAUUUGCGAAAUGGUCUGAAGGAUGUGCAGACCCGUCUGCGCAAGGGCGAAACCGGCAUCUGCAUCUUUGCCGGCGAUGUGACACCUGUGGACAUUAUGUGCCACCUGCCCGCUGUUUGCGAGGAGAAGGGCAUUCCCUACGCCUACACGCCCAGUCGCGCCGACCUGGGCGCCGCGAUGGGCGUUAAGCGGGGCACCGUGGCUCUGCUGGUGCGACAAAACGAUGACUACAAGGAUCUGUACGACGAGGUGAAAGAAGAAUUGGCCAACUUAAAUGUUCCCAUUUAAGCUUUUGAUAAUAAUUUUAAGUCACAAAGUUUGACAAUAGUAUAAGCCUAUCCAUUUGCAUUUGCACGUAAAGACGUAUGAACACACGCAGCUAUAAAUACCAUUAAAAUAUAUUUUACAUAUAUUGAUCAUAUUUGUAAACUAUAUACACAAGGGUAUUUUACACUGUGUUUUCUUUCCUCACUUUACUGCAAUUUUAGAAAUAUAGAAUAAAGUUCAAAGUCAAAUAAUUUGAAUGAAGCGAUGUUUAAAUUUAAUUUGAAAAUUAUUGUAUAUAUGAUGAAACCCGAUUUUGUUACUUUAAAAACUGGCGUUGGCAUUUGCUUUUGAGCUGGCCAGGAAACUAACUAAAUCUAACAAAACCUUUUGUUCGAAAAAAUGCAAAUAAAUAGUGUAAUUCCUCAUGAACCUUGAAGGAAAAAGCAAACAAUAUUACAAAUCGUAAA